AUGGAGCCCUCUGAAAGCAGCAUGAACCAAAGCAUCUAUUCCGUGGGAAAUGCUUACGGGAACCUGACUUAUGCUCCCUAUUACCAGCAUUCGCUGCCUGUUGCAGCCAUCUACAUCGUUGCCUACCUGUUCAUCUUUGCCUUGUGCAUGGUCGGGAACAGCCUGGUUUGCUGCAUUGUGCUGAAAAGUGCCCGGAUGAGGACGGUCACCAACUUAUUUAUUCUCAACCUAGCCAUCAGUGAUUUGCUGGUGGGAAUUUUUUGUGUGCCCACCACACUAGUGGACAAUUUAAUCACAGGCUGGCCCUUCAGCAACACCAUCUGCAAGAUGAGUGGGCUUGUGCAGGGCAUGUCCGUUUCAUCCUCAGUCUUCACCUUGGUGGCAAUCGCUGUGGACAGGUUCCGCUGCAUUGUGUACCCAUUUAAGCCAAAGCUUACCCUCUUCCAAGCCCUCAACACCAUUGCUGUUAUUUGGGUGCUGGCGAUCACCAUCAUGUGCCCUUCGGCUGUCAUGCUCACAGUGGCUCAGCUAGAGGACAGCUACAUAGUGUACGAAAACAAUCAGAGCAUAGCUUAUCCCUUGUACUCCUGCUACGAGGCCUGGCCUGAUGGCGAGAUGCGCAAAGUUUAUACCACAGUGCUUUUUGUCCACAUCUAUGUGGCCCCACUGAUUCUCAUCACAUUCAUGUACAGCAGGAUUGGGUUUAAGCUGUAUAGAUCUUCAGGCCCGGUGAGUCGGCACCAGGUGGUAAGCGAAGACCGUUGUGGCACUGUGGUCUCCAGGAGGAAAGUCAAGGUCAUUAAAAUGCUCAUCUUAGUGGCAUUGCUUUUCAUGCUCUCCUGGCUUCCCUUGUGGACACUGAUGCUGCUUACAGACUACGUCAAACUGGAGGACCACCAGAUCAAUCUAUUGGCCAGUUAUGUAUUCCCCUUUGCGCACUGGCUUGCUUUCUCCAACAGCAGCGUCAACCCCAUCAUUUAUGGUUACUUCAAUGAGAACUUCAAGAGAGGCUUCCGGGCAGCCUUCAAGCUCCAAAGUUGCUCUGAUGAGACAGUUCAUCAAGAGGUAUACCCUGAAAGGGCAACUGUCAGCACCAGUGCCUUUGGGGCACGGAACAAAAUCUUCACCGACGGCGAGUCCUCAGACUCAGUCUGCUUAAAGAAUUUGCACCCUAAAGCUUCUUGCACUCUGCAGACUGAACAUGACCAGAGACAAGGACUUCACCUCGAGGAUAUUGGUGACAUCACUCCCCUGAACAAAGUCUGCAAAGCUUGGGUUGCCUGA